UUGACUGGCUUCCAUCUCACUUCCAUCUUCAUUUCACUAGAGUCGCCCCAUCAGAACGGUCAUGAGGCAAGGAAUCAUCAGCCAGGAGGUAAACGGUCGCCAGGAUUCGGCGGGAGCUGCGGGGGAGGAUGGACGGCGGCGCAGGGUGGCAGUUGUCGGAGCGGGUUUGGUGGGUUCUCUGGCGGCCUUAAACUUUGCCCGCAUGGGCAACCACGUGGAUUUGUACGAGUACCGGGAGGAUAUCCGGCAGGCUCUGGUUGUCCAGGGCAGGAGUAUUAACCUGGCUCUUUCCCAGAGGGGUCGAAAGGCUCUGGCCGCCGUGGGUCUGGAGCAAAAGGUCCUGGCCACCGCCAUACCCAUGAGGGGUAGAAUGCUGCACGAUGUGAGGGGAAACACCAGCGUGGUCCUAUACGAUCCGUGCACCAAUCAAUGUCUGUAUUCCGUGGGACGCCGUCAGCUCAACGAAGUCCUCUUGGAUGCUUGUGAUAAGUUGCCCAAUAUCCGCUGCCACUUUGAGCACAAAUUAACGAGUGCCAAACUGAGAGAGGGAUCCAUGGAGUUCCGAAAUCCCAGCGACGAAGUUGUAACUGCAAACGCAGAUCUUAUUGUGGGCUGUGAUGGGGCCUUCAGUAGUGUUCGCCAGCAAUUGGUCCGUUUGCCGGGAUUUAAUUACUCACAGGAGUAUAUAGAAACAGGUUACUUGGAGCUUUGUAUUCCCUCGAAAUCGGGUGAUUUCCAGAUGCCGGCUAAUUACCUGCACAUUUGGCCGCGUAAUUCCUUUAUGAUGAUUGCCCUGCCGAAUCAGGAUAAAUCGUUUACGGUCACCCUCUCCAUGCCUUUCGAGGUAUUUGCUAAGAUUCAAAAUCAGGAUGAUCUACUGGAUUUCUUUAGAACGAACUUCCGCGAUGCACUGCCACUGAUUGGGGAGCAACAGCUCAUAAAGGACUUUUUUAAAACCCGACCACAGCAUUUGGUGUCCAUCAAGUGCAGACCCUAUCACUAUGCAGAUAAGGCCCUGAUCCUUGGCGAUGCCGCCCAUGCCAUGGUUCCUUAUUAUGGCCAGGGAAUGAAUGCCGGAAUGGAGGAUGUUACGCUGUUGACCGGAAUUUUGGGCGAGCAGCUGCCGCUGGAUGAGGCGUUGGCCCUGUUUACCGAGAAACGCUGGCAGGAUGCCUUCGCCAUUUGCGAUCUGGCCAUGUACAACUAUGUGGAGAUGCGCGACCUGACCAAACGAUGGACCUUCCGGCUCCGAAAAUGGCUGGACACCCUGCUCUUCCGUUUGUUUCCCAGCUGGAUUCCACUCUAUAAUAGCGUCUCCUUUUCCAGUAUGCCCUAUAGCCAGUGCAUUGCCAAUAGAAAGUGGCAGGAUCGGCUGCUAAAACGGGUUUCUGGCGCCACUCUAUUAGCUGCGAUCCUGGCGGGAGGAGCUAUAUUCGCACACCGUUUUAUAUGAAAUUAUUUAGAAUAUCUUUAAGGAAUUUACAAAUUUUAAAUGUUCAGAAACGGACUUUCAGUGAGAAUUUGACUAAGAAGGCGUUUCUGUAACACACCGAUUUAAGUAAAAACCGGUUUUAAAUCUCAGAAUUUGUAUCUUCAAUCAAUAAAUAUUAUACUAUUUUUAA